CAUGGAAACGGCAGAUCGGCGUGCUAGCCCGGGAGAGAAAAGCAUAGUUAGCUAGCGUUUAGUAUCUGUCUCUCAGUAAACUUCGCGGAAUACAUUUGAUUUACCGCCUUCCUGCAAAGAUGAGCCGGACUCCGGAUGCAAGAACGAGAGACAACCAGACGAGAAAGAUCCAGGAAAACAUCACUAACGUGGAGAAACAUUUUGGGGAGAUGUGCCAAAUGUUUGCUGCCUAUGUCCGUAAAACAGCCAGGCUACGAGACAAGGCAGAUAUCCUGGUCCGGGAAAUUGGCAUGUACGCAGACACAGAAACGCCAAACCUGAAGAGGGGUAUGAAGCAGUAUGCUGACCACUUGGCCAAAAUUGAAGACUACCGCCAAGCUGAGGUGGAGAGACUUGAAGCCAAAGUCAUAGAGCCAUUAAAAAGCUAUGGAGCUGUAGUGAAACGUAAAAGGGAGGAUCUGAAGACAACUCAGAGUGCCAGAGACAGAGAGGCCAAACAGAUGGCUCAGCUUGAGAGGACCAGACAGAGAAACCCCUCAGACAGGCAGAUCAUUUCUCAGGCUGAAAGUGAGCUCCAGAGAGCCACAAUGGAUGCCACGCGGACCACCAGGCAGCUGGAGGAGACCAUAGACGAGUUCGAGAGGCAGAAGAUCCGGGACAUCAAGAAAAUCUUUGGUGAGUUUGUGACAGUGGAGAUGUCAUUCCAUGCCAAGGCCUUGGAGGUGUACACCCUGGCCUACCAGAGUAUUCAAAGUGUGGAUGAGGAGGAGGACUUGGAGGUGUUCAGGAGUUCGCUGCACCCCCCUGACUACCAGUCACGCUUAGACAUAGUGCGAGCUAAUUCCAAAACCUCCCUUGAUCGGACCGGGUCCUUCCUGAGUACAACAGGGACUUUACAGCAACAAAGGGCUUGCAGUCGGCAGACGAGAAGAGAGGAGGAGGAAGAGGAUGACGAAGAGGAUGAAGAUGAAUCUGAAGAGGAGGAGGAUGAUGAGGACGAAGAGGAGGACACAGAUCAUGAGCAUUAAUUUUUUAUCCUUUGUUGUGUUUGUCUGUAUGGAACAGAAAUGAUAUGGAAAGGUGUAUUACUGUUUUAUAAUCAUUGCCGAAAAUCACCUCACACAGGUGGUCUGAGCAGUAUUGUAGUGCAAGUGUGAUGUAGUUGUGUGUUUGUUCUUUACUAACAGUAGUCUUUGAAAUGCCAGCCAAUUAUUGUCUUAGCUAUAUUUAUAUAUAACACACAAUGCCAAAAAACACAUUACAUAUUCAACUGUAUUAUAUUAUCAGUGAAUGUUAUUGCACCGUGUUAGUCAUCUUUAUAAAUAAAAAAAGAAGUUUUCACAUUU